AUGUAUGCCUUAGCGGCUUUGAAAGAAACGGCCGUUCUUUUGGAAUCUGGUUUGGGUGUUAAUUGUGUUUAUUCGCCUAGAGGUGAAAGUUUGGUUUGUGCGGUUGAUGGAUCAUUAUUUGUGCAUCAGGUAGUUGAGGGAUUGGGUUAUACGGGUAUUACUGCGGUUAAUGCCGCGAGUGAUUUGGUCGUAUCUUAUCUGACGGAAGGAUCGGUGGCGCAUUCGACCGAUGUUAAGACGGGUGAGUGUUUGCGGUUGUUGGAUUUGGAGAGUGGGAAGUAUACGCGGGUAUUUAGUGGGCAUACGUCUGAGGUGUACAGUUUGUCUUCUUGUUGCACGACGAAGCGUAUGCUGAGCUGUGCUGAGAAUGAGAUUCUUUUGUGGGACCAACGGAUGAAAGAGGCUGUUGGGAAAAUACCGGCGGUAGGGCAUAGUUUAGCUAAGUAUAGUCCGGAUGAUGCCAGUGUGAUUACGGUCUUGUUUAAGGAGAAGUGUGAAAUGAAGUUGUUUGAUGCACGGUCUUAUACGACGGGUCCUUAUGCGACUAAGGAGUUGGAUAUAGAUGGGGAGUGGCUGGAUAUGUGCUAUUCUUGGAGUGGGCAUACGGUGGCUUUAAGUACACCGGAGGCCUUGGUUUUGCUGGAUGGGAUUAAAGGAAGCUUGCUUGGAUAUUUGCCUACGGAGUAUGCUCGCAUUAGGGCCUUUUCGCCGGAUGAUGAUUAUUUGGUGUAUUCUCGUGAGGAAGGUGUUUUAUCUGUCUGUACGGCUAAUAAUUUGAAAGAUGUAACUGAAAUUUCAGUUGGAGGACCAGUGUCGUUUGUGGACUUCAAUCCUGGGUAUGACCAAUUGGUUGUUGUGGGUCAAAAAGUAUCUUUGUGGCAGGUAAACAGUGAAAAUGAAUAA